UCUGGUAUUCACAAGAAAGACCCAAACUCCUUCCUGUUCAGCCUUGUCAAUCCAAAUGGCUUAAAGCCCACCAAGAUGGCUCUGAUACCAGGGAAAGAGGAAUAUGCCAUUUACUGUAGUAGUGGCAACUAUCCGAUUUUUGGCAGCUGCAACAGUGGGUACUAUGACCUUUCACUUGGCAGUUCACCCACUUCGUCGAAUAAUUGUUCGUCACAUCUUAACAACUCGUACCGCUGCCCAGAAGGUCAGAGCUAUCAAACUUUUCUUGCUGGUAAUUAUGCUUUUUAUGUAAGCGAAAUCGAAGUUUUUGCCUUUGAGAAGUAGAUUAGUGAGAGAACUGAUCUGUAAAGUAAUUUGACAUGAUAAGUUCAGUUGUGAUAUGCCUUUAAACUAUUCUUCCAAUAAAAUGUAGUUAUAGAAAAAUGUAUGCAUUUAAACGAGAAUAAAGCUUGCUUAAAAACGGAAGAUUCAACGUCGUUAUUUUAAGGCGCUUUACAGGACAACUAUGUUUACUAAAUCAAGCGGCUGACCACAAAGUUCUUAAAACAUGGCUAUAGAAUAGUCAUUAUUUAUAGAAUUAGAUUUUUUUUUUAGCGUUUGGUCUGUUGAUGAGACAGCUCCAAAAAAACAGUUAGGGGCUAGCUACAGGGACUGAUGGAGUGAUCAGUUUUAAAUUAAAUUGAAAACGUUUAACUGGAUACCCUUAGUAAAACGAUCUAAAACGAUUAUUUCUUUUAUAUUGAUUUCCUCUUUCAGCUUGUCAGCACGAUAAAAGCGUCCAAUUUAUGGUUUCUGUGGAAGUGUUAUAUACCUACGUAUAAUGUACCUGACGUAGCCAAGAAAUUUAGUUUUGGGGAGACUGGGGCUAACAGCUUUUUUUAACUUACACAAAUUCAAAGCUUGGGCUGCCUGAAAAAUUAAACCCCAUCCCCUUCAUUCCGCGUCUACAUUUAGCAGUGACACUUAAAACUUCAAACUUUUUUCCAGCGCUUUACCCUUAGAAAAUGGGAAGCGAAAGGGUAGGUUGACCGCUUAAAAUCCCUCUGCCUGCCUCUCGCCUUCACAUUACUAAAAAAGGCCGAAGACGAAGACGGAGACAAAGUUAGAUGUUGUUUAACAAAACCACAUAUAAGUCAGUGAGUCGAGUAUUAUCGUAUUGGCUCAAUACUGUCUGAAAAAUGUUACUUUACUGUGUGCAUAGUCAUGUAGGGAUACUUACUGAUGACCAGGGGAAAAAACACUUCGUCACUCCGUCGCGGUGGUCCAGUGAUACGUCGUUCAACAAGCACAAAGAAAGGAACAAGCACUAUCAUGAUCUUCCAAGAAAGGAUUGCAAACUGAUUUAAGGAAAUGGUAUAUUUUCUAUUCAAGUUUAUUAAAUGUAGCUUUCAUUAGCAAUAUUUGAUUCAAAGCUCUAAGUCGAUACAUUGCAGUAAAUAUGGCCUGAUUUACGCACGUUUUCACUUGUUUAUUGAGACUGGCAACAGUUACGUCCUUAAACGUUUCUCGGAAGGUGUAAAAUAACAUCCACUGGUCAUUUAAGUCCUUGAUUCAGUGAAUUUAUUAUAUGGCUACAAUAGGAUGCGCGCUCUAAUUGGCUGCUAUUACUAGCUAGGUGUCUAGGGCAAUCAAUCAAAAAGGCUAUCCGCUGACCAGUGUCACAUGACUGUAUCACGGCCUGGGGGCUAAACAGGCCAUAUAAUAAAUAACUUAUUGACCUCGCCCGUUCCUUCAUUAUAGGGAAAUCUCAGACCUCAGCCUUGAUCUGUUGACCUCGCUAUCGCUUGUACAUUACAACUCCGUGUACUGAGAAAGUUUCACGUUGUAGCCCUAUCACAUCAACGGCCGGGCAAAGAAAUGAACAAAAAACUGUGCUGCACAGGCAAAGUUAUUUUUUGGCCAAUAAGAAAUAUUGUUUUUGUCAGGGUUUGUUUCUUUUUUCGCAAAUUUGUUUGGUUGAUUUUUUAUAAUGGCCGUCACUCGUUAGCAUUGCACGAUUUUUGUGUGUGUGUGUGUGUAGUAGAUUAUAAGUAUAGUAACGCCCAGAGCUUCGCUUUUAGCCCUGGCUAAAUCUAUGUAUUACAUUUGUGAAAUUUGGACUAAAACAAUAAUAUACUAAUAAGUACAUUUGGACAUAAACUGUCUGCUAAAGCCUUCUGGACCGUAUCUGAAUACCUCAGUGAAACACUGGCUUACUUUUCAGAAAAAACCUACUUUUUAAGGAAUGGACGUUAAUAUUUAUUCCGUUAAUUCGCCUAAAUUACUUUCCGGGAAUCAAAACUGCUGCUCAAUGCAAAGAAAAAUGAAAAUCGCACAUUGUUGAUUAACCAAUAGCCGCACAAAAGGUGAAAGACUCCAACCAAUAAAAACAGAAAGAGCGGUAUACGUAGUAUAAAGUUUCUUGUACGAGGGUACUUUCGCUUUCCAGUGCAUGUGUUGUUCCGGUUUCGCAGUCGAUUAUUGAAAGCCAGCUAUAUCUAAAGAGUCUGUUUCUGUGUUGCAAGAGGAACAGAAUGUCGUCUUCAUCUCGAGACCCUGAGGAAGAAACAGCUUCGAGCAGUGAAGCGGUUGAUGAAGUAAACAGACACAUCAAGAAAGUGUUUGAGAUUCUUGAGAGUGAAAAAGUGAAGCUUAGCAAGGAAAUGGAAGCUUUUGAUGCGGUGGCCAAGAAGCUGAAAAGCGUUCAUUUCUCCAAAAUGCUGAAACUGAAUGUCGGUGGUAAAGUAUUUGAUACCAGUUUGGAAACUAUGAAGAGUGACCCAGGUAUGUAUUUAAUUCUUAAUUACUUCACUGAAAGAUUUACCAUAAAACUCCGAGGUGCAAUUGACUGCAAGGCGUCUGAUUUCAAUUGUGUUCAGUGUAAAAUAUAGAUUUUCGCUUUGAUUCCCUAACCGAACUGUUUGUUCGUUUAUACUCGAUAACAGGUUCAAUGUUGUACGCCAUGUUUUCCGGACGAUUUGACUCCAAACCCGCUGAAGACGGAUGUUACUUCAUCGAUCGCGAUGGAACUCACUUCCGUCUUAUCCUGAACUACCUUCGCUCGGGGCAGCUUGUUCUUCCCGAAGAUAAGAUUCUUCGAAGAGAGUUGUUAACUGAAGCUGAGUUUUAUCAAAUUAAAGGGAUUAUUGAUGAAAUGAAGGUCUCCCCCUUCGAAAACUCCUCCAUCCUGUCAGUGGAGCAUCGCCAAAUCUUGGCCAGCUGGUUGAAAGGCACCCUGACAAGCGCUUGUCACACCUACUCCCUGAUAUAUCGAGCGUCUCGUGAUGGCUGGGCUGCCUCUAACUUUCACUCUUGCUGCGACCGUAAAGGACCAACUGUUACCGUUAUUAGGUGUGGGAACUACAUAUUUGGUGGCUACACAGAGCAAUAUUGGGAAGGCAAGUUAUUUUUGGAAAAUAUUUUGCUUUUUUUAUGAAGUUAUUUAGCAUUGUCUAAGUACCCAUUCAAUAUCUAUACCCAAGUGAUUUCUCGGAAUAAUCAUUAUCAGUUCUAAGUGGAUUUAUUGUUAUGAGACGCUCUAAAACAAAGGCAUUCGGGUUAAACCUUAAGAAUUCUCCUUGGUUUACAGGACAACUAGGAAAGCGUUGUGCGUGCCUUGAUGCGCGCAAUAUACAAUAACGUUAGUUUUCGUUUCUAACAGAGAGACACGAAAGCGAUUCAUUCGACCAAAAAUAUUGACAUUUUUAAAAUUUGCCUGUUAAAAUUCGAUACGCAUACUGCACCACGAAACACGAAAAUUGGAAAAUUCCGUGGUUAACUUAAGGCCAGAUGGAAGGCGAAGAAAAUUCUCGGUCCUCCUUGAAAUUUGAAACCAAAUAGUUGGUAUGUUGGUGUUGAAGGGACCUUUGGAUCGCUUUGGAUCAAGUUCUUAAAGAGAGUGGGGUAAUGAUUUCGUAGUUAUUCAGGUGUAACAAUCCAUCUUCAUUCUAAUUGCUACACCUGUCCACUAGAAGUUAUUUCUAAAAGUGUAACUAUAUCAUAAGUACUCUAACUGUGAACAGUAAUUUCCUGGAAAAUUUCAUGUCUAAUACAGUUGCAUACAACGUUUUCGUCAGCUCUUUCAAGUGGAACGUAUAAAAAAGCUCCAGCCUCCUUCCUGUUCAGUCUCGUCAAUCCUAAUGGCCUUGAACCUUCAAUGAUGUCUUUGAUACAAGGAAAAGAGGGUUCGGCCAUCCAUUGCUACAGUAGCUAUGGCCCUACAUUUGGGGAUGGUCCAGACCUCAGAAUUGUCAACGCCCCAAAUUCAAACAGCUGCAGUGCAAAUCUCAAUAACACAUACCAGUUACCGACAGGACAGAAUGCCGGCACCUUCUUGACAGGAAAUUCGAGUUUUACCUUAAAUGAAAUGGAGGUCUUUAGGUUUGAAAACAUCUACGCUUAG